CUGCGAUGGUCGAUGUACUGCUUGAGGUGGAUGACCAACGGUCGCACCUCAUAGCAUAUGCGACGGAUACUGAGUGGGUGUUGCCGCGCCGCUUCCGGAGUCCCACCUUCACGAUCAGCGGAUUUGAACACAACAUCCGUCGAGCGCUGCGGAUGAUUGAGGAAAUUAUUAAUGAAGAAUGUUGCGAUUCACAUUCUUCAAAAUACGCUUUUAUUGCUGAUCCGAAUGCGGACGAGAAUGGCACCGAUUACAUCCUUUGCAAUGGGCCAAUUCGUGAAGCGAAGUACAGGCCUAGAAGGGAAGGCAUGCACCGAGGUUAA